AUGUCACCGCACAACGACAUUCAACAUGGCACCCGAGCCGACGGGCGGCUCGAACAAUCAGUUCACACAGCAGACUGGGCUCAGCUUGCCACAACAACCGACACCUUUCCCGUCCCCAUUCUGGCACGACUUGCUGCCGCCGAUGUCUCUCCCCUCGCCGUCGUGGUUGCCCGAAACAUUGCCUUCAACUUUCAUCUGUCCAGAGACGGCCAUUCACGCCUCACCGGUGCCCUUGGAAAUCUAAUGAGCUAUUCCGGUCUCGGAAAUGCAAUUUAUUUUGGGAUUGGAAUCAAGCACAUCAUCCGCAUAUCUUCGGUGACCAUCAACGCAUGA